AUGGCGCGUGGGGAACGGCAAAGUUGGAGAAAAAUAAUAUCAAGGAAACUUGAAGCGAGGGAUCAAGUGGAGUGGCAUUGCUUUAGAGAUAUCAUCAGGGAACGUAAGUGAAGACUUCAUCGUUGUUGAUAGGAAAUUGUACGUUUGGUUAGGAUUUAAUCAUCAAGCAUACAUAUUGUAUUGCUGACUUUGACGAAUCAAUAAAAACAUAGGAACUUUAAUCCAAAUUUUCUCCUGUUUUUUUCGGACAAGUCAACAUAAAUUUAUCUUGUCACUGACAACGAUCCAAAACGAAUCAAAAGAAAUUCUUCGUUGAUGCGAACUAUUAUUUCUUGUAAGAUAUACCAAGAUAGGAAAUAUUUGAGCCUGUAAUAUGACAGUUCACAUCAUCUAAGUUCAUGUACCAUCAUGAGUGCAUAUUGAAUUAUUGACUAAUCAGAUUCAAGUUCGUGAUAAAUCAUGUUCAAACAAAUAAAAUCCAUAGAUCUUUGACCAUUUCCAUCUUUAAGAUUUCUCUGCAGUGUCAAAUCGUCGUGACUGAAAAACAGAAUCGAAGGAAGGACAAGGGUCUUACUGCAAAUAUAGUGAAAAGUGAAAGGCUGAAAAGAGCGAACCUCUAAUUGGUGAAUUGACAUAGGAAAUAAUAUGAUUUUUUUCCGGAGAGCGAGAUAUUGAGCAGAUUUUUAAAUUACAUUUGGGUCGUUUUCACAGUUAAUAGAUGUUUCAGCACUAAUUAAUGAGAUAACGUUGAAAGUUGCAUUGCAUGAAAACUUUUACAUUUGUGUUAUUCUCUUUAUGUUCAUCAUACAAGGGAAAGGAUGAAUGAUAAUUUUUUAUGGUGUUGUGGUAGUAAUAUUUAUCUUGGGUAUCAUAUUCUUUUACUGAUGGUUAGUGGUCUUCUUUACCCACAACUAAGGUGUAUUAAAUACUCUGCUUGUUUUGUAUUUUGUCUAUUUUAUUUUAUUUUAACAGACAACAAGUUAUUUGAAAAUGCUGAUACUGCAAAAUCAAGAGUUGUUCAGUUGGAAAUACAAGUUGCUCAAAUUCAACAGGUUACAACUCCUGAUGCAUUUCUGUUUUUUAAACUGAUUGGAAGUUUUACAUUACCUAAUGCAAAAAGACUAAUUUAUUUUGAUUUUAUUUUUAACGAAUGGGUGGCCUUUUAUCUUAUUGAGUAUCAGAACAGUGUGAGUGGAACUUAAAUUCCUUUAUUAUUUUACAGGAAAAACUUGAGCUUCAUAGAUGUGCUCAAGAAUCAAGGUAAAUUAUCAUAAUAGGAGGUAGGUUCAGUUGAAAUAUUUGUAUUGAUUAACCUUUGUUCACUUGUUGUUCAUUAUUUUAGUUCAGUUAGAGGAGGGGCUGGGGUUGUUGUUGGAGGAUCAGAAAAAGUAGCUUCCUUGGAGCAGAAGUUGUUCAAAUUACAAGAGGAACUGACAGAGCUCCACCGUCAGAAAGGAGAGGUUUGUCUAAUAUUAAUAUCACCUAACCAGUGUCUAACAUAUGGAUUAAAGGAACUCACCAGAUUAUUAAUUUACAAAGCAUUAUUUUUUCAACUGGAAAUAUGGCAUUUCAAUAGAACAUCUUCCUGAGGGCAAAAGACUAAUCAUAAUUAGGAAAAAAGAGAAGGGAUUCAAUUGUUUAACCUUCCAACUUCAUGGUUGGAAGGUUCAUUAACUCUUUAACUCCUAUGGGUGACUAGCAUCUAAUUUCUCCUCACAAUAUCACCCUUGAAUCACACAUUGAGGUCAUGAGAUUAAAGAUAAUGACCACAGACCAAAGGAGCUCUUGAUUGUUAAACAAAUUUUCCUUGUCGGCACCUCAGGAAAUGUUUAAAGAACAGUAGGGAGAAUAUGCAAACUGAUGUAAGGGUGUAAAGAGUUAACUAAGAUACAGAUAAUUUGCAAAUAAACCAGGCCAAACAGCAGAUUCAUACCUUACAACAUUUUUUUUUUAACUUCAUGUUUUGACAAGUCAAAAUAUUUCUUAUUAUCAGAAUGCACAGAAACUAAUGGAGCUCAACAAUACAUUGCGACAAAAGGAGCAAGAACUAUUAGCUAAGGAGGGAGAGUGAGUAUACAUGUAUAGCAGGAAAAAAUUUGUAUAUUGUGCCAAGAAUUCACAUUUUUGACUUUUAAAAUUUACAUCAUCAUAAUGCCAGACUAAGAAUGGAGAGAAAAUGAGAGCAAAAGGGCAAAGUUUCUCAUUCCUCAGUUGUGAGUUUCUUAAUGAUUCCCAGAAAUUCUAUAUGAACAUAUAUAUUGUUUGUUGUUUUCCAAUCAGAUUGCAUGACUUAUCAAACAAUUUAGAAGAAGUUGACAGGGCAAGGCAGAGACUGGAGCAAACAGUUACAGAAUUGGAGGCAGCAAAACAGGUACACAUUUAAUAAAGGUUUUGUUUGGUUUGCAAUGCAGAGAUAUUAGUAGUCUUUGUUUUGUAUGCUACAGCAUGCUAUGGUGAUGCAAUUCUAAGCAAUGAGGUACAAACUCAACCUUUUUAAAUAAUUUCCCAGUUUUCCCAUAGUACCAUAACUGGGCCACAUUUUAAGUAACUUACAGUAAAGGCAUUUUAUCCACAAGUUAUCCAUCAAAGUGUAUUUUCAGAACAAAAUAUUUAAAAAGCUUGUAGUAAACUGUGGUUUAAAUUAUUUUCUUGAGUAAGCCUUGUGAUUGAUUCUCACUCUGUGUUUUCUCUGGAUUGAUGUUUUCCUUAAAUUGUAGAUGGUAAAAGAUGAACACCAAGCAUUACAUCUUGCCUACAUAACAUUGGAUGAAAAAUAUAGGAAAGUACAAGCAGAGAAUGAAGAUCUUGUGAGUUCCUCACGGUCAGAAUUAUUAUUAAAUUUUUAUUCCUUUGACCCACACAUUUUCAAGCAGUCCUCCUUUAAUUAAUUAAUUCAGUUAGUUAAUAUUUCAUUACUAUCAAACAUUUGGUUUAAUUCAACAUCGAUUUCAGGUAGCAAGGUGGAUGACACAAAAAGCAAAAGAUGCAGAUAAAGUAAAUGCUGAAAAUGAAUUACAGUUGAGGUGAAGAAAAUACCUUUUCGUCAAACAAAAUACAUUUUCUCCUUUUCACUAACAUUGUAGACUCUGUGUCAGCCUUACAGGGCGCGAUUAAGAACUUUCAGUUGCAGAAUUUAUAAAAUAUUCUGUGAUGUGAUUUGUGAAAUGAUGAAACAUAUUUUUACAUAUUAUUUUUACUUUCCUUUUAGAAUACGACAUGAAAAGCAAAAAAAUCUACUAAUAGAUGCAGCAAAAGAACCAGUAGUUGUAAAUAUACCAAGGCAGGUUACUCUUUGUAAUGUAUACUAGACAUUAAUUAAGUGAAUAUUAUGAUGUGCCUGUGUUUAUCUACUAUAAUAAUAAGGAGACUGUUACAUGUAGUAAGUAAACAUAAUUUAUAAAGUAACAGGAAAUAGAUGGAAUACCAGAGCAGGACACUUUUAGAUUUAUUGUUACAUUAAAGGUGAUUAACAGACAUAAGAUGAUGAUAUACCUGAGUGAAUAAAGGGAACUCUGUAAUCCAUAUUGCUUGGAUAUAGAGAGAUUGUAGAACUUUAUCUCAUUAAUCACUAACAGCCUCGCAAGGUGAAAUUAUCAAAGAAAGACAAAUAAGGAGAGGCUCUAUAGUUCAUUUUCAAUUUGUCUGAAUUGCAGUUCUGAUCAGCCAGGCAUACCUUUCUGUGCAAUAGUAUCUAUCCCUUCAUUUCCUGAUAAAAAAUUUGUGAGUAUGAAUUCAAGUUGUUGAUAAUUAUUAAUAUUAAGUUAUUGAAGAUCAUUUUUUAUAUAUCAAACACAAGAAUUAAUAAACAAGGGUCAUAAUACCAAUAUGCACAUGAAUACAUAGGGGUACAAAAGAUUAACAAAUAACCUAGAAAACAUGCUUUUCUUAAGGUCUUUUUUUCUUUAAUACACCUUUGUUAGGUAAAAUAGUUUUUUGUCAGUAAGUUUUUCCCUUUUUCUCCUUUCUCAUCAAGUUACAAUUUAAGGUUACUCUUGUGAAUGCAUAUCACUCUCCUUUACUCAGAUCAGCUAUUUCUGUGUGUGUUUGUAACAGGAUGCACAUGAGGGUGAAGUAAAUUCUGCCAGAUUCAGUAUUUCAGGAAGAUUAUUUGUAACAGGUGGUGCAGACAGAAAAGUUAAGGUCUGGGAACAAGUAAAUGGUAGGAACCAUGAUAUCUUACUUUCAAAUUAUUUCUCAUUUAUAUUGAAUAUCGAUUAUUAUCAUACGACCCAUGCAGCCUCCACACUUACUUUUAUUGAAAAAAAUAAACAGAAACAUGUCCUUAUUUGAAGGCCAUACUUGAUGGUUUGGGCAAGGCUGGAAAAAACUAUAUUACCGUGCAAGAUUUGAGCUGAAAGUAGAAAGGAAGAUUUAAAAAGAGCAAUUCAAUCAAGUUUGGCAGAAGGGGAAAUUGUUUUGCUAUUGGUCAUGACACAGGGAUCUUGAAGAACUUGGUCUGUACAUUAUGACCUUGAGCCCAAUAUUUUCUGGCCCAAUCUUGCCACUGAGUCAAUAAAAUACACAGUAUUUUAUCUAAUCAUUAAUUCUCUAUAUAUAGUGAUUAAGAUAUGAUAACUUGAAGCACUUUUAUUAGUUUAUCUAAUUUGUGAUACUUGCUCCUUUUUUUUAUUUCAGGAAACUAUACAAUAAAAGGAGUUAUGCAUGGUUGUAAUGCUGGUGUCAUGUCAGUACAAACUGACCCUCAGGUAGGGUUAUAUAACUAUUGGCUUGAUACCAAAUAUACAGGGCUUGUAUUUCCAUAGAUAGCAUCGCUAUUAAUAUUUUUAUCAACUGUUAUAUUUUAUAGGAAAAACUUGUCCUGGCGGGUUCUCAUGAAGGAACUUGUAGAGUAUGGACUCUUGCAGAUCAGAGACUUCGAGUGAGAUUUUUUAAUACCAUGUGGGGUUUUUCUCAUCCAGUAAUUGCUAUUUUUUCAAAGACAUUAACACACCAAUGGAGGCCAUGAUUAUUUUGAUUGUUUUAUGUGCAUGUGAAUAAGCCUUUUCAGUCUUUAAUUUUGAGCCAAAUGAUUUCUUGUUUUUUACAGGCUGAUGAGGCUAGAAAGGCUAAUUUGCAUGCACUAAGAACUUCAUUUCAUAAAAGAGGUCUAGAAUUACAAAUACUAUGACAACGAAUGCUUCACUUCUUAAGCUGUAGAACAUAUUGAAUGUUAACAAAACAAACAACACUCUCAUGAUGGUGAUUAGAUGUGCCACUUAAAACAUUACUUCAAUUUAAGAUGGUGCACUUGUCCUAAGAAAAAAAUUUUGACUCAGCACCUGUAAGAAUGUAAAAUUUUGUACAGUUUCAUUUUGCAAGUGGACAAGUAAUUUCUGCUAGGAAGGUUCAAUACCAUUGCUUCCCCUUAGAAAAUCAGUAAAGAUUUACAAAUGCUCAGUAAUAUAAAAAAGUACCUUUUGGAAGGAUGUUUCUGAGCUAGAUUUGAGGUUUAACUGUAAUUAUUUUUAAUGUUUGUGUUUAUAUAGCACACCCUCACAGGACAUUCGCAAAAGGUCAUGGCAGCCAAAUUUUUUGGAGCAGCAACUAAAGUUGUUUCUGGAGGCCAUGACAGAACAUUAAAAAUCUGGGAUCUUAGAAGUAAAGCAUGUAAGUUGUUUUGAACUCAACUUUUUCUUUUUUGAACUAAAGGCCAGAUUCUCUCUGCUGUGAAUAGCCCUCAUCCUAGCUGUUAAAAAAAACCAGAAAUACUGUGAUGUAACAACUUCAUGCAAUACAAAAGGUUUCAUUCACUAUGCUCAAAAGAAGGAAAUCUUCAAGUUCUAUUUACAUGUCUUUAGAGCAUUAUCUCAUGCCUUUAAUUUCAGGGAGCAUAAAUUGCAAUAAAUUUGAAAACAAAACAUACCAUCUUCUUUAAUUACCUCCUCUUGGGGCAUCUCUGAAUGAAAUAUCAGUAUUUCACUUGGAUGCUGAGGGCAUAUUUACAAAAUAAUUAUUGUAAACUAUACCAUUAAUUUUCUUCUUUUUCUCAGGCACACGAACAAUUUUUGCUGGUUCGAGCUGUAAUGACAUAGUAAUCAAUGAGGGAUUUGGGUAAGAAACAAGUUAAAAAUAGUUGUUGGUUACAACUGACUCCAGUUCUUCAAAAUUCAUACAUGUUCCAUUUCAUUAAGUAUUGGUUGUUUAAUCAUUUUGUCAAAAAUUUACUAAUCAUUGAAAAUAAUUUUGCCAUCAUUGAGCUAGGUAGUUACAGCAAUUUGCAUUACAUUUUUAAACUUUAAUUAGCAGCUGAAGUGAAUGAAAACAUUAUUCCCACUGAGUAUUGUUUUUAUUCUAUUUAGUUCACAAGUGGUAAGUGGUCACUUGGACAAGACUGUCAGGUUUUGGGAUGUCAGGUGAGCUAACUAAUAAUAGUGAUCUACAAAAUUGAAAUAAAAAUGACAUGGUAUGUAGAAAAUAGAUUAGACAAGUAAAAUUACAAGCCAUAAAAUUCUUUGUUGAUUGUACAUUAUGUGCUCAUAACUGGAAGUGAUUUGGAGAGUUUCUUACCAUUCUUAAGAUUUGAUGUUGGGUUUUUGUAUUUUAUGGUAUAAAAUAAUGAAAAAUGAAAGUUGAAUAAGUUAUAUUAAAUAAAUACAGCCAUGUUAUUUUACAUUAUCUUUUUUUUAAAGAUUAUUGUAUUUAUUCAUGAUUUAUUAUGGGACCCACUAAAUAUUUCGUCUCCAAUUUGCAGUAUUUGCUUUGUAUGAAGAUAAUUUAAGAAGAUUUUUGUGGAGUAAUGACAGCCUUUUCCAUUAUCUUAAUAUGUAACACUCUUUGUAACAUUUGUAAACUACAUAUACAGAGGUUAUUGGAAUGUGAUUCAAAGUUUUAUAGAUAAGUUUAGAUGAAUACAUUUGUGGCAUAACUUUAUUUUGCUCUUCUUUCCUUUUUGCAUUGUGAUGAUUGUGUUAAGUGUGGAACUUAUCAAAACACAAUUCAAGCUGCUAUAUUAAUAUGAUUUUGAUCCAGAGUAGAUAUGGUGCUUCUUUCUCUAAGAGUUGAGGAGCUGGUUCUUUACACCAGUCUAACCCAAACUACAGUUUUAUGAAAGCAGUGGACGUUACAUAUCCUCUAUAAGAGGGUCUUUUUGAUCAAUUGAAGGUUAUUCCACCUCCAGCUUUUGGCCCUCUUGACACUGUUCACAAAAAUAAUUGUUCAGACAAAAGAUUCAGCCAAAUUAAAAAUGGUUUAGAAUGCAGCUGUAUUGAACAAUGGCUUAACUUUGUUUAAAUAACCAACCCUUGAAGUUUACACUGAAACAGUUGGCCAACUUACAGUAGUAUAUAAAUUAGAUAUUAUAGGACUGAACCAUCAAAGCUGAUCACUAAGUAAUAGCAAGAGUCAAGAUGUUGAUUUGGGUUCAUGUUUGUUUACAAUUUGCUUAUCUGUGAUCAUUUCAUGGAAAUGAACAACAUAUUCUGUCUUACUGACAGAAUCUGACAUGCAUAACUUACUUUCAGUCUACAUGCAGGCAUUAACUCUCUUUGGUAUUGAUUUACUUUAAUUUUUUUUUUCAGAUCUGACAAUCAAUCAAGUGUUGGAGAAAUCACACUACAAGGGAAAAUAACAUCAUUAGAUUUAUCCCCAGGUUGUUGAGAUUUGCCAUGUUACGACAUUUUUUUUCCUGCCAACUAAAGUAGACAGUCUCUCCCUACAGCAUUACUUAAUAAUAAUUCCUUCUUAGUGAGCCCCAACAUUGUAGAAAAGCAACAGAACAAACAAGUCCUUUAUCAAAAGGGAUAGUUUCACAAUAAAACAUUUAGGGAAUCAAUGAAAUGUUUGAGUUUCAGUUCAUGGGGCCAUCAAAACAACAUCUCCAAGUUGGUGAGUUAGAAACAGCAAUGCAGUUAGAGUAAGCUUCCUUUUCUGGUAUUUCUUGACAGACAUGAACUACAUGUUGGCAAGUGCAAGGGAUGACACAGUUAAAUUGCUCGACUUGAGAAUGAACCAGGUUAUGUCAACAUGUAGGUGAGUGAACAUGAUUAAUUCACAGAAUUCUACAAAUUAACAAAUUAUUAAUUUGGAGAAAAAUUAUAUAUGAUGACUAUUAAAAACUCACAGGGUGUUAAAUCUUGAGUGCAGUAUUUCCAAAGCAAUAAUUCUUUUUAAAUUUUAUUUCCAGUGCGGACGGUUUUAAAGUUGCAGUGGAUUACACAAGGGCAUCAUUCAGGUACUUUAAGUUCAUGUACAGGGCAUAAAUUGUCUUACUCUAAGAUUUUGUCAUGUGUAGGUUUUAAAAGUGAAACCAAAUAGUCCAGAUAAUGUACUUAAACAACUAAGAACUGCUCUUGACUUAAAAUUUGAUCUGUUUUCCAUUUUUUCAACCAAAUAUUUUUGAAAAUCCCUUAAACAUGUUUGUUAGCAUCAAGAUGUUAUGGUGACAACAUGAUUGAACUUACUAUUAAUUUGUAGUUCUAUUCAUAUUAUUUUUUAUCAGUCCUGAUGGCCAGUAUGUCAUAUGUGGCUCAAGUGAUGGUAGUAUUUUUGUAUGGAAUGUAGCCUCUGCCAAACUAGAAAAGGUUCUUAAAGAACACAGGUUAGUAUUUCAUGGAAGUAUAUUUAUUUACAUGUAUUAGGUUUGUUUUAAAAAUACUUCUGUAAAUUGCACAGCUAAACAUCUGAUAGACUGACUGACUUACUGAUUCACUAACUCACUGAUUGACUCAUUCACUGAGUCACUAGCUUGCAGACUCAAUGACUCACCUGACUGACUGUUUGACUGAUUUCACUCCUUUUGUUUUGUUGUGUGAUGUAGAGAUCCAAACAUGCAGUUUGAAUAGAUCACUGCAGUUUAUUUUGUAUUUUUCACAGAAAAUCAAACUUACCACUCAAAAUUUGUAAUUUUCUAAUGACAGUUCCUCAGUGGUUGUGUGUGCCUGGCAUCCUGAUGGAUCAAGUCUAAUCAGCUGUGAUCGUAACAAGCGUGCAAUCAUCUGGACAAACAGAUACUGAAAUCACUCUCAAACUGGAUGGCAUAGCCAUUAGCUCAGUAUUGAGUUACAAUGCACACCAUUUGUAAUAAGUGCCAACAGUGCCAAAAGUAACUGAAAUAAAUGAAAUGGCAAGCUUCAAAAACUUAAUACAUCCUGUUUUGAAGAAGAAUUCUCUGGAAAAAUUGUUGUGUAUCUAAAAGAGACAUAUUAAGUUAGAGAGGUCUUAAAACAACAGCACUUUUAGAUAUAAGUAGCAUGUUGUAAAAUAAUGUGUCUUCUUACUAAAUAUAGAAGUUACACAUGUCACUCAACACAUAUUUUUGAAGGGUCAAAAUUCAUUAAAAAGUGUAUAGGCUUUCUUUAACUGCACUUCUCCUUUCAAAAAUAUCUAGUAAGAAUAAACAUGUUCAGUUAUAAUUCUAAUCCUUUUGUUUAAUAUGUAGUUUAAAUACCAAGAAGGUGUUUGUUUAUUUGCAGGCAAAGAACUUUGGUUUUUGUGAGUAAGGAAUUUGAAGUCAACCAACACAUACAUUUGAGGCACAUACAUUUGAGGCUAGAAAGACAAAUUUCUUCCAAAAGGAACCAUCUCAACCUAAUAUGACUGUGUUUUUCAAGGAAAUAUCCUAACCCUUAUUUGUGGGGACUUUUUAAUAAUGAGGCCAUUUUAUUAGAAGUGCUAUAUAGAAAGGCACAAUUUUCAACAAACCACAUCAGUUUAAAAUUGAAGUUUGUCCAAAAUAACUGAUAGGAAAAUAGCUUUAAGUUUGAGCCAAAGAAAAAUUUGAGUUGAAAAAGUUCCAACCUACUCAGGUUAGGGGCCAGGUUAGAAAUUUAAUGUUAUUUUUAAUGUUAUAAUUUAAAAUAUAGUGAGAUGUUUGAGAAACCAGUAGCUUAGAAAGAAAUGUCAAAUUUUGCAGUUUGCAAUUAUAUCAUUCUUAUUUAAAAAUCACCAGAAGGUACAUACUACAAUGUAAGUGUAGUAAAAAUAAGAAUGGUCAAAUAACAAUGAACCCCCUCCCUCUCUCUGUCUCUCUUUU